UGCGCACGAGGUCGGGCGUCAGUGCUGUCGGCGCCGCUGAUUGGCCAAGGCGGGCACAGACGCCAGCGGGGGAAGGGAGAGGAGCAGCCGGCGACGCGACGACACUCCGGGCAGCAGCCGCUCGGACCAGACUAGCUGAGGGGACUCUGCCGGCGUCGCCACUCCUACGGGCCCACUCGGAUGAGAGAUCCCUGGUUGCCGCCUCCUUCUUCGCACAGACGUCCUUCUUCCUCUUUCGCAGCAGGAUGGCGGACCAGGCAGCUCCCCUGAGCAUCUCUUUCAGCCAAAGGAACUUGACCACAGAGACUGGCAUACCCAGCUUAUAGCAGUGACUUUCUGGCCCUGCAGUAUUUAAUUUUGUAACACUAUUUAUUACAGUAUUUUUUAUCAUACCUCAGUUUUUGUUUACACAUCAAAGUAACGAGUUGCUUGUUGGGAACCACCAAAGUUAGUUAUCAUGGAGACAACCACCGCCACUCUGAGGAGCUACAUCACCACUGUCCUGAGCACCACGCCCUCAGGCCCCUUGGUGGAUUUCCUCUGGAUGCUGAUAUUAGGUUUCAUCAUUGCCUUCAUCCUGGCAUUCUCAGUGGGUGCCAAUGACGUAGCAAAUUCCUUUGGCACUGCUGUGGGCUCUGGGGUGGUGACCCUCCGGCAAGCCUGCAUCUUGGCAUCUAUCUUUGAGACGGUGGGCUCCGUGUUGCUUGGAGCCAAAGUAAGCGAGACCAUCCGGAAGGGGCUGAUAGACGUUGAAAUGUACAACAGCACCCAAGAGCUGCUCAUGGCUGGCUCCAUCAGUGCCAUGUUCGGCUCAGCUGUUUGGCAACUAGUGGCUUCGUUUUUGAAGCUUCCCAUUUCUGGUACACAUUGUAUUGUCGGGGCAACAAUUGGUUUCUCUCUUGUUGCCAAAGGACAGGAAGGAGUCAAGUGGUCCGAACUGCUUAAAGUUGUGCUGUCCUGGUUCAUCUCUCCCCUCCUUUCUGGCAUCAUGUCUGCUGUCCUGUUCUUCGUUGUCCGUAGGUUCAUUCUUUCCAAGGUAGAUCCUGUUCCAAAUGGCUUGCGUGCAUUGCCCAUCUUCUAUGCCUGUACAAUCGGGAUCAACCUUUUCUCCAUUAUGUACAGUGGUGCGCCUUUGCUGGGCUUUGACAAACUUCCCGUCUGGGGCAUCGUCCUCAUAUCGGCGGGGAGCGCUGUUGUGUGUGCUCUCGUCGUCUGGUUCUUUGUCUGUCCAAGAAUGAAGAAGAAAAUUGAACAAGAGAUCAAAUCAAGUCCCUCUGAGAGUCCCUUAAUGAAGAAGAACAGCCUGAAAGAGCAGGAUGAGGCCAGGGUGGAUAAUAGGAUUGCUGAUGAAGAUGACCAGAGGAGUUCCCCUACCGAAGGGGAGCCAUCCUCUGUGCCCCACAGAGCAGCUGUGGAGGAAAGGGUGGUCUCCUUCAACCUGGGAGACCUGGAGGAGAUUCCAGAGCGGGAGCGGCUGCCCAGGGUGGAGACGAAGGAGACCAGCAUUGACAGCGGAGCCAUGUCCUUUCCAAACGGGAGCCUUGCCCAAUUCAACCAGGCUGUCAGCAGCCAGAUGAGUUCCAGCGGGCAUUACCACACGGUGCACAAGGACUCUGGCAUCUACAAGGAGCUGCUGCACAAGCUCCACCUGGCCAAGGUGGGGGACUGCAUGGGCGACUCCUCGGCGGACAGCAAGCCCCUGCGACGCAACAACAGCUACACCUCCUACACCAUGGCCAUCUGCGGAAUGCCCCUGGACUCGUUCCGGGUGAAGGAGGUUGAGCCAAAGGGAGCAGAUGAGGCAGAGAGGCUGGCAUGGCCUGGAUCGGAUUCCAAGAAGAGGAUCCGGAUGGACAGCUACACCAGCUACUGCAAUGCCGUGGCCGACCCCCACCCGGCUGACGUGGACUUGAGCCAGGCAGAGAAGGGCGGCAGCAGCGGCUCCCUGGACGAGUGGCACGACCAGGACAAGCCGGAGGUGUCCCUCCUCUUUCAAUUCCUGCAGAUCCUGACGGCCUGCUUUGGGUCCUUCGCCCAUGGGGGAAAUGAUGUGAGCAACGCGAUUGGUCCUCUGGUUGCCCUGUACUUGGUCUACAAAACAGGCGAUGUGUCUUCAAAGGUGGCGACACCGAUUUGGCUCUUGCUGUACGGUGGUGUCGGGAUCUGCACUGGCCUGUGGAUCUGGGGGAGAAGGGUCAUUCAGACCAUGGGGAAGGAUCUCACUCCCAUCACACCAUCUAGUGGCUUCAGCAUUGAGCUGGCAUCUGCUUUGACCGUAGUAAUUGCUUCAAAUGUUGGCUUGCCUAUCAGCACGACUCACUGCAAGGUGGGUUCUGUGGUCUCUGUGGGAUGGCUGCGCUCCAAGAAAGCCGUGGACUGGCGCCUGUUCCGCAACAUCUUCAUGGCCUGGUUCGUCACAGUCCCAAUUUCUGGUCUCAUCAGUGCUGCCAUCAUGGCACUGUUCAAGUACCCCAUCCUUGGGCGAUGAAACAGACGUGCUGGAAACCCCGUAGCUUUGCUGCCCACAAGCGCCUGUCUGCAUAUCCUUGCCAAGUGGCUGAAACAGUGUUAGGGUGACUCCACCAUGUGCAAGAGGGGCCGGUUGUCUUCUUGAUGCUGUACCUGCUUUUACGCGUAAAUCUCUCGUCUUGGAACUAGAGAAGUCCCACUUCUGCUGGGCUGUGAAUAAUUGUGUCUACAUUUCUAUACUGUUUUGUAUUGAGCUUUAACUUCAUAAUUAAUGUUGUUAGACCUAUCAUUUUUGUUCUCUGAGCUGAGCCUUGAACCUGGCGAGCACAAUGAGGAGGAGGGAGGGAGUAGCUUAGCAGAAAUGUAUGUGACAAGGGGCCACUUUUAUAAAUAAAUAAAAAACCUUUUUAAAAUAAAGUAGGCUGGGGUGUGUUUUGGUGGGGGGCAGCACUGAAUCUUUGCUUGGAAGUACAUGGCAGAACCAAAUUGGGCCCAAGAGAGCCAUCAGCCCAAACUCUCUUGUUAAAUAAUCACCAAUCCAGUUUGGGACAGUGAGCCAAGAAUGUCUGCCUGUGCAAGCGGCACAGAUUUGGAAAUGGCAGCACCUGUAGAGCUGCAAGGGGACCCCCAAGGGUCAUCUUGUCCAACCCCCUGCAAUGCAGGAAUCACAGCUAAAGAAUCUCUGGCCGAUGGCCAACCUCCCAAUGAAGGGGAAUCCAUUACCUUCUGAAGGAUUCCUGGAGAUAGUCCUCUCCUUUAUGAAUGAAGGGUGCUGUUGAUGUCUGCUCAGCCUGCACAGUUUUUGGUAACCACAGGAGGGGAGAGGGCUCUUGGGAGUGAAUCCUGCUUGUAGGUCUCCUGCUGGGGCAUCUGGUCGGCCACUUUGAGAACAGGUUCCUGGACUAGAUGGGCCAUUGGCCCCGAUCCUGAAUGAUCCAAAUUUGUUCCUUAAUGUCAAAUGCACUUUCAAAGAUCAGUAUUAAAACGUUAACUAACAGGCCACAAAAUCAAAGAACCAGCAUGAAAAUAUCAAAUAUUUGAACCAUUGCCAAAAAGCUCAGGAAGAUCAAAAUGACUUUGCAGAAAGGCAGGCGCCCGGGGAGAUCCUGUGAGGCACCACCUUCAAAGCAGUCCCAUAUAUUUGUUUAUAGGUGGGUACCCAGGGAGGGCAGAAGCACCCCUUAAGUGCUCUGGCCCUCAGCCACGAAAAGCUUUUCUAGGUCCCAGCAAACAGACUGGGUGCCUGAGGGGAUUGAUAUACCACAGGUGUCACAUGAUACCAGCCAGUCCUAACUAGUCAUGCUAGUCACACAUUCUGUCCUGAGGGCAGUUUACGGAGACAGCCCCAUGUAAUGAGCCUGACCUGCAGGUUACUGGAGCAUGGAGAGCAGAGGCCCAGCCCUGCCCAUCUGGUUUAUCAUGGAAGCUAGGAUUUAAGGCAUUCCAUUCCAAAGAAUGGGUCUGAGCUUUGCUGAGAUCUAAGUCGAGCUGCCCAGGGGAGCCCUCCACUUCCAUGCUGUCCUGUCUUACCUUGCCUCAAUCACCUAAUCCCUUGGGACAUAUGGGUGGUGGUGAGACCUAGAACUUCUUUCAUCUCCCUUGAAAUUGGUUAGAGCACAUUUUCUGGCAUGCCAUCAGGCCUGGAAGAUCAUAGCCAAAUGCUCCGAGGAGCAUCCGGCACACUGGUAAGUGGGCGCUUCAACAACCAUGUGGAUGAGCAAUUAAACUGCAAUGUUGAGAAGCCAGUCUUAUUUCAUGCAGCCUCUUGUUGCCUCUAUAGCAUGCUCUAAUCUUCAAGAUGCACCCUGUAAUUAUAUAAUUACUCUUUUCCCCCUCUGCUGGCUCUGUGGAGUUGUGAGCUGGGGUGGGGGCAGAAGGGAGUCCUGCAAGGAUCUGUGCUGGCCCUGAGCGACUUCCUGCCUUGUAGGCACAACUGCAGAUCCUUCUUUCCCAGGCAACUCUCCCCUCCCUGGCAUUUUAUCUCAUCUCGUAAUCUGCUCUGGGGAGUUUACCAUGGCUGUUAAGUCCUGCUCUUGGGAAAGUGGUAACAGGCAGUUGGGGAGCUGUAGGGAUGGUCCUAAUGCAAGCAGAGCCUGGCCUACAGCUGCAGGAUCAGGCUAAAGGGGGGCCCAUCUAGUUCUGCGGCCAGCCAGCUGCAGUGCCUUCCUGAGUGUUCCUCUUCCCUGCAAUUGGUAUUCAGCUCCAGUUGGAGUGUCUCAGGGGACUGGGGUGAUCUAGUCCACUGUUUCUGGUAGCAGCCAGCCAGAUGUUCUGGUAGAUCCCAUGCAUGGCCUGGGAAGAUGGCCUCCCAUGUUUGAUCCUCCCCGGGAAGCCCCAGAUAGCACACCAGUCUUGAAGUAACCAGUGCAUGAACUUUAGUUGAGAGUUCUGCAUUGGAGGGUGUUGGACUAGAUGAGCUUUUGGGUCCCUUCCAGCUCUACCAUCCU